UAAAAUGCACUCAAUCAAACUUUCUAAACGUCAGUUACAAGACCUCGAAACUUUCUUAUGUACUUCUAAAUUCUAGUUUUUCUAGUUUCUUUUAUAUUGAAAACCUACUUAAGUUAUUCUAGUUUAAGUGUAAAUCAACUGGGCAGUUUUUAUAAUGAACUGUUACCCUGUGUAGUGUUUCAGUUAACAAGGAAUAAGGAAUUGAAAUGGUUCCUCAACAACAACGAAGAAGACGUCGUAGGGCGGCUUUAGUGCGCACUGCUGAGCGUCGUGUUAUUGUAGCUCGUGGUUCUGGUGGAUUCGGUUUCACCAUAGCCGGUCAGAGGCCAUGUAUAGUGUCGGCGGUAGCUGCUGGGGGUCCGGCAGAGAGAGCGGGACUUCGGGCUGGUGAUGCAUUACUUGCAGUGGACGGGACCAGCGUAGCUCGAGCUCCUCACGCUUCGGUAGCCAGGAUGGUAGCCGCGGCGCCUGGUGCGAUAUCAUUAAGUGUUGCACUAAGAGAGUCUGCACCAACAGACACGGAGGAUACGGAGCCAGAAGAGAGAGCGAGGACUAGAAGGAGGUAUCCGCCGCCUCGGAGAAGGCCUCAGCAGGCUAUGAUGCAUCAUCCAGGUUGUCAUGCAGCACCCAGUACAUCUGGUGUGAAUGAGAUACUCCAAAAUCUAAGCAGAGCACAACUCACACCGAACCAUGCUGCCCGCUUAGAAUGCCGCGCUGUUGUGGGUUACCUGGGCACGAUAGAGACGCCGCAAGCCACAGCCACAGCUGCACCAAGUAACGUGCGUAAUGCAGUCAAGAAGCUCAGACAAGAAAGACGACCGGCUACACCUGUUUUGCUGUCUGUACUCCCGAACGCAUUACUUUUACGGCGACCAACAGGACAAGUGUUAGCUCAGUAUCCUCGUGAACGAAUAGUCUAUGCUGGAUGUGGCUCAGAAGCAGACAGACGUUAUUUCGGCCUAGUAACUGCUGCGGAAAUUUCCGGCAUCGAAACUGAAGCUUCUCACAGUUGCCAUGUGUUCGCUGUCGAUUCCAGGAUGGCGGAACACGAAGCCCACGUCAAUAGAGCGAGGGACUUUCAAAUUGUUUGUACCAGAGAUCCUGUCGCUGAAAGAUGCCUAGAAUUUCCGCCGUCAGCUGAAUAUGUGGUCGGUGUUAUACGAGGCAUGUACUCCUUACCGCCCGACGAUUGUGUUAGCCCUAAUUUACAGCAGAUAUCAAAAUUAGCUGUGAAGGGCGAUAGUCCGGCCCUGGGGAACUUUUCUAGAUGUAACAGACCAGUGUUCAGAGCCCAGCGUGAUAGAAGACCGUGUAGACAAGAGGAUCAGAGAAUUGAUGUGCCCGAGUUUGUUGCGAAUUCCCCUCAGCCGAGCAACCAUAGCGAAGUAACGACGACUUCUAGUAAUAGCGAUUCCGGCAUUGGGUUCCAUAAUGAUUGUCGAAAUAUUGCGGAUAGGAUACUGGUGGUGGAGUUCGCGGGGCAGCAGCCGCCGCCGAGCAGGUUCCGACAGGAGAUGCCGCGUAGACCGAUGGGCCUGGUGGGCUGCAGCAGCUUUGAUAACGACGGCUCCUUCCUGUCUAACACUACACCCGUGGUAGACGGCUUCGGAGGUCAGGGACGACCGUUGAAUCUGGAUGACGUCAUUCUGAACGCUAACGACUUGCCCCGCCCCGUUGGCCAACGCACCGAUGAAGACAGCUACAACUAUAACAGCCUAUACGGGAAUCUUCCGACCAGUUCUCGAAGCUUCCACGGGGUGGUAUACGACCAGGUGUACACGGAGAACGAGGGGCACUACGAGCUGGUUCCUCAGGAGCUGGAUGAUAUCGACCGAGUUGCUGAGACGUUUAAUUCUGUGGAGAUUUACGAGGAUAGGUCGCGACAUCCGCCAGACUACCACUCCAAUGAGUCUGUGGAGAAUGUGACGGUGGUGUCGGGGAGGAGUGCGGCGAGUGCAGCGAGUGCGGACUCUGUGUCGGUGUAUUCAUCGCGCAGUCACGAGGAGGCGCGCCCUCGUCGGCGACACUUGCAGGCCUCGCUUGACGACAUGUUAGUGCUGGGUCUACGCGACCCGCCGCCACCGGACAAGGAUGAUGGCAAGUUCCUGCAUCCCGCUAGCGUUAAAUGCAAGUUCCGUAAAUCGAAGCCUUUAAAUAUUCUGUCUAAGACGAAGAAUAUGCUGACUGGCAAGGAGUCUCGUAAUGGGGGUGAUAAAGCGCGGGAGCGGGAGGGGGAGGCUGAGGGACGAAGACGCGCGCUGAGUGCGAGCGCGGGCGACGUGUCGGCGGAGCAGCCCGAUGCCGCCGGGUUGCCUGCUGCAGCCAGCGAGCCCGACCUGCGCGAUCAGAGCGAACAGUCGUCGCCGUUCCGACGCUGGACGACGGGCAGUGGCGCCGGCAGCUCAUACCGACACCACGACCACCGUAACAUGUAUAGCAAGCAAAUGAGCGAGGGGUCUGGCGGCGUGGGCGGUGUAGGAGGCGCGGCGAGCGGGGGCGGAGGCGCGGGGGGCGUAGCACGCUGGUCGCUUGGCUUGGAGCAGCUGCUGGCGGACCCAGCCGGCGCAGCGGCCUUCGCUCACUUCCUCGCUAAAGAGUUCGCCGCAGAGAAUAUACGUUUCUGGUGGUCGUGCGAACAGUACCGUGUGAGCGGGGGCGGUGCGCGCGCGCAGCUCGCGGGGGAGAUCUGGUCGCGACACUUAGCGGACGGCGCGCCCGAGCCCGUUAACGUAGACGCGGCCGCACGACGCGCAGCUGCCGCCCGCACCCACCUGCAGCCACCGCCAGAUGACCUCUUCCUGCAGGCACAGAAGCAGAUCUUCAACGUAAUGAAGUUUGACAGCUACCCGCGGUUUCUGCGCUCCGGAGUGCACGCGGAGUGCGCACGCGCGGACCUGCGCGGCCUGCCCCCGCCCUACGCGCCGCACAAUACGCCCACUACAGAAGACGCCACGCCCACUAAGUUAAAAAAGUCAGCGUCAAACGCAUCAGAACGUCGUCGCAGCGGCGGCGCGUCCUUGCUGCCGUGGAAGUUGCGCGGCGCGUCGCGCGAGCGCGCGGACCGCGUAGAGCGAGACAGCAAAUCUGACGCAGCGCGCGACAGGAACGAGAGGGUGGAACCUCCUACAUUAGCUGAUGUGGUGAAAUCAGGUACUCAAGGGGCGGGUUCUUUAUGCCGGGUGGUAUUACCCGACGGCGCGACGUCAGUGGUGGGCGUGGAGGAGGGCGUGGCGGUGCGCCGCCUCGUGGACCGCCUGCUGCAGCGCCGCAACCUGCCCGUGCUCGCCUACGACGUGCUGCUCAGAGACGAACAGGGCGUGUGGCGCGCGGUGGAGGCGGGCGCGGGCGCGGGCGUGCUGGCGGGGCGCGAGGCGCGCGUGGAGCGGCGCGUGGUGCUGCGGCUGGCGCUGGGCGCGCGCGUGCUGGCGGUGCGCUGCCGCGCGGCGCGCCCGCUGCGCCACGUGCUGCGCCCCGUGCUGCGCCGCCACGCGCCCGCCGCCGCGCACGUGCUGCGCAACGGACGGCCUGUCAACCCUGACACGCCUGUACACGAAUUGGACGGCGCUUUGCUAGAGAUAGUGGAGUCGUGCGAGGGCGUGCCGGGGGCGGCGGGGGCGGUGGGGGCGGCGGCGGCGGGGGCGGAGCGCGAGGACGACGCAGACUCGCUGUCGGACCUCGCAGUGCGCCUGCAGGAAGAUACCGACCAGAUGAGCGUGUCAAGUCGCAGCCGUGGCGAGUGCGCUGGUACUCCUGCGGUCAGUAACAGCAGCGGCAGCAGCGGCAAUGUCAGCAGCGCGGGCAGCGGCGGCAGUGCGGGGGGUGCGGCGGGCGAGGCGGGGCGGGUGCGCGCCGCCCUCAGGCCAGGCCCCCCGCUACACCAUCAUCCACCUGAAUUCCUUGAAAAUCUACGAGAGAAGCAACGACAGAGACAAAAUCCUCGCACGCCGCCGCCGCUGCCGCCAAAACCUGCACACAGGAGCGCGCCCACUGUCGUCUGAGCAGACAAAACACCUCUAUUGCAUUGACAUAGAGUCCAUUUUAUGGACAUCCCCGUCACAAGACCAUGAGGUCAUGUUAUAAUGGUUGUGUUGACACACAAAUGAACGACCGUUUUAUGAAGAUAUUGAUGACGUCACAAAAAUGAGCUAUUGGAUUAUGGACUUUACAGUGAUGUGUUAAAAUGUGUUUUUGUAUGGAUUUU